AUGGAACGAGGCGACGAGCUCUCAACGCUGGGCCCAAUGCUUCCUCCCAAUGCUGCUGUUUCACAGAUGUCUCCCUCCUGGGCAUCGCUGGAUUGGAGUACGAGAGGGAACGGGCGCAAUGGAAACUGGUCGGCCACACCCCCAAUAGAGCAAACAUCGCUUGCACCAAUAGCUGGAGCAGGCAACACUUGGUCGGGUCUUGUGAACGAUUUGGAGCUUGAGGAUCAUGUUGAAGCUCCUCUCUCGGAGUCCAGGAUCCUGUCUUUCGUUCUGCCCACGUGCUCACCGGAGGACAACCAAAGGGAUGUAAAUACCAGUGUCGCUGAACAGAUUCUUUCUCCUUUGAUACAGGGUGCUUCUUCAGGCCUUACGGUGCCAGGGAUUGUUGGGUCGAUGCCCUCGGCUCCCUUGAGAAACGACUUCCCAAACCAUCGGAUGGACAAGGUGCUGGGAGGGUUGGAGGCAAAAGGUCUUCAGUCAAGUCCAAAGAUUGUUUCGUCCGCAGCUCCGAUCAACUCAGAGACAAGGGGUUCGUCAUGGACAGACUCAUUCUCGGACUCACUAAAUUUGGGGGAGAACAAUCCAGAACUGCAGCAAUCUUUGUCUUCAGGUUCUAACAACAAAGUCACCGGGGGGAAGCCACCUAUUGUGGCAACAAGCAAUGGAGUGCAACAAAGCACUUCAGAAUCGCAGCAAGAGGCUUCGAUCGGACCCUCUGCUGUCUCGGGGAACAAGUCGGAGCAGUCAUUAAAGAAACAAGGCGAAACUGCCAAACGCUCUGAAACCAGGGGCUGGGAAACUCAGUCGAAAGCUUUGGCUGCUUCACGUUCAUCCGGGGUGGAUGGCAAAUAUCCUGCAACAGUCAAACUCAGAGGGCUUCCUUUUGGGGCAACAUCGCUUGAUGUCAUGGGGUUCUUAAAGGGGUACAAUGCAGUCGAGUCUUCCAUACGAUUUGGCAACAAUCAGGAUGGGCGCCCAUCUGGGGAAGCUUGGGUUUCUUUCAAUCGAUUGGAGGAGGCGAAGAGAGUGGUGCGCGAGAAAGAUAGACAUCACCUGGGCAAUCGAUAUGUUGAGCUUUUCUUGCUUAACGAGGGGGGGGGGGUGACCACGCGGACUCAUCGGUGA